AUGCCCAGAGGACUUUCAAACCAGGAAGUCCAUGUGCCAGACUGGCGAUGCUGUGGACGUCGCUUGGUGGAUAAUGGUUUUGAGGGCUUUGGACGUCCAAGCGUCAAAAGAGUUCAGCAGACUCCUUCUUCCCCUUGCCACACCUCAUGUUAUCGAUUUGCUCUAGAUUCCUUGGCUCUGGCGCGGCUCUUUCUUAAAGACUGUUUCGAAGACUUUUUGAUUUCAACUGUCAACAAAAUACGUCUGCCCGAUUUGUUGUUGGACCUCUUCUCGUUAUGUAACAUCCAGAAGGUUUAUGGAGUUGACUAA